AUGGCGGGCGGGGCGGGGCCCGGCCCGCCGCUCUACGUGCGUCUGAGGCUGUGGUGCGAGGAAUAUGCUGGGGAUAAGCAAAAUGGAGAAAGUAAUGAACUUUGUUCAGCAAAAUCAUCAAACUUCAUCUUUAAUAAUUACAUCAACUUAACUUUACCAAGGAAGCGAGUGCCAAAGGUUGAAGGGAAAACAGAAGAAAAAGAGACUAACAAAAGACGUCGCAAAGGUCUUUUUGGUGUCUUUGAGGAGACCUCAGGAUUUUCAAGCCAGGAGACAAGUGUUGGGAAAGAACAGAAUGAUGGCAGAGAAGGAAUAAAUCAGAAUAAAGUUAAAUCAAUGGCAACUCAACUCUUGGCAAAGUUUGAAGAGAAUGCUCCAAAUACAAUUUUUCGGAGGCAGGAGCAGAUAGAUAGACCAGCACAGCUCUCUUCUGAGUCUCCUGUUAAUCCUCGCUUUGCUCAACCUAAAGAUACAAGUCGUCUUCUACCUCAACCAAAAAGGCAGGUGGUAGCUAGACCUGAACACGAGGUCAGGGAAACCAAACAGUCUUUAAAUGGUUCUGAUCAUAUGGCCAGGACACCAAAGGCUAUAGAAAAAACAGAUAUCCAGCGCAGUCUAUCAGAAACAUCUGAAAAUCUUGCAUCUGCCUGUUCUGCUGCAUUUGUCCUUUCUGGAGUGCUUGAACGUCUUCAGCACCUGGAUGAAAAAAUGAAACAGAAAAGAGCUCAGACCAUAGCAAAUAGAGAAUUCCAUAAAAAGAACAUUAAAGAGAAAGCAGCACAUCUUGCCUCACUGUUUGGAUAUAUGGAUUUUCCAAAGAAUAAGCUGCCUACUAAAGGCUUAUCCCAUUCUCAGCCCCCAACUCCCUCUUGCCCUCCACCUCAUGAUUCAGCUGCUGCCUCUUCUCCAUCAUCUGUAGGUUCAGCUUCCCCUGUUCUUCCUUCUAGACAGAUGACUGUAGGAAAGGUCUCACGUGCAAUUGGAGCUAUGGCUGAAGUUCUUGUCAAUCUGUAUGUGAAUGAUCACAGACCCAAGUCACAAAUUCCCCCCCUUGAGCUGAACCAGUCUUUGGACAGAGCUACAGGUUCUUUCCCCACUCCCUGUUCUCCAUAUCCUGUCUCCAGUGCUCAGAGAUGUCAGGGAUCUCUGCGAAAAGAAUUUCCUCAGUCUAUCGGGGGGAGUGACAUUUGUUAUUUCUGCAAAAAACGGGUAUAUGUUAUGGAGCGGCUGAGUGCAGAAGGCCACUUCUUUCACAGGGAGUGCUUCAAGUGUGAAAUAUGUUCUACAACUCUCCGUUUAGGAAUUUAUGCCUUUGAUGUUGAAGAAGGUAAAUUUUACUGUAAACCUCAUUUUACACACUGCAAAAUCAGUAAUAAACACCGAAAGAGAAGAGCAACAUUACAGGUCCAGUGCAAGGAGGCAAUGGAAACCUGGAAGAAAGAAGAACUCAGAGCUACAGAGACCACCACAGACAGCACUUUAACUACUGCUAGCAGUCCAGAGGACAGGUCCCCAGGUUUCUGCCAGCCCAUGGCCGAUGAGCCUACCUCCCCAAAGAAGGCAAAGAACAUCCUGGAGCACCUCAAUGUGGAAAGCUGGUUCUCAUCUCCUGACCCCGAGUGGGCCACUGUAAGGGUCAUCCCUGAGGAGGAAAUGACAGAGCACAACCUCCUUGCUGUUCGAGUCAUGGUCACCAGUGAUGGAAGCAGCUCUGAGGGGGAAUUUGAUUUUAAUGGCAACUCCUCCAGCUCUGAUGUUAGUGAAAGACAGACCUCGUUGCUGGAGCCCCCCACCUGCCCAAGUCCCUCGCGCCGCUGGACAUUGCUUGCCAGGAGCCCCAUGGCACCGGAGGAAAGCCCCAGGGCAUCCAAAGUCAUUGAUGUGCUACAGAGAGCCAACAGCUUCCACUCCACUGCCUUAAAUAAAUAUCAGAGUUGGAGGAGAAAAAUCCAAAUGAAUUUCCCUCUACUGUCUAACAAGAAGCCUGGGCUAUGCUGGAAGGACAGCUCAACCAGCUGUCAAAGCAAUCCUGGAGAGGAUCACCCCCAAGCACAGUUGGCUUCUUACAAGAAACCACCAGAAGUUACGAGGGGACAUGUCAAACCCUACAGCCCUGAAUUUCAAAGAAAAGCCAGAGAGAGGCCUCGAGAUGUCCAUCCCCACGUGCCUCGUUGUCCAUUUCAGAGCAAGGUCAAAGGUUCUCCACAGAUCUCUCCUGGGAAUGGGGCAUGGGCUGCUGGUUUUUCUGAGCGUGAAGAUAUAGAUGGUGACACUGGGACAUAUACAGGCCAGGGCUGGAAUGAAGUAAAAAAGAAUUAUACCUCUGAAUCAGAAGAUUUUAAUAGGAAUACAAAAGUGAUGUCAUCUCUGCAUCUGAAAGAAAAAGAUGAGAAAAAUACAAGGCACCCAGAAGAAAAGCUUGAGCAAGAGCUAAAGGAAGCAAAAAAAAGGCUGGUUCUUUGCAUAGAACAGCAAGCCAUAUGUGAUUCAAAUGAGGUGUACUUAGGUGGAACCACACUGCAGUGUCAAAACAAAAAAAUGCUGGGGAUUUCAAAGGAGAAGGAUACUGAAUGGAGAAGAGGUGUUUUCAAGUCACCUGGUUGUCCUGUGCCUCUCUUAUUUGUAGAUGAUGUGCCACCAGCUUUGCCAGCUGGCAUAGAAGAUGCUUCGAGGAGUCCAGAUAAAACUGCUAAGGAGCAUUCAGCUGGCCGGCCAAAAUCACCACUGAGGCUCAUUGCCAAUGUGAUCAGGAGGUCCAUUUUGGAACCUCUAACUUCAUCUCCAGAAGGACUAAAGCAGGAUUCAGACAGCAAAACCAGAGCCUCUUCAGAACAAGCUUUCUUCAGCUUCCCUAGUAUUCGUGGCCAUAGGAACACUAACAACAACAGAGCAAGUAACAGUCAGCCACAGGAGCUUCAAGUAGGGAAGCAGGCAGGAGAACAUUUAGGAUAUGGGAGCCUUCUCUCAAGUUCUUCUCAGUUUUCUGCCAGCUUUGAAGAGAGAUCUCCAAGUGGUUACACUAAGGAUGUGUCCUUCCCAGUCUACAGUCCUCACAGCAGGCCUUCCAAGACCCCUAGUAUACCUCAGAAACCAACUUGCACUAGGAUGGAGGAUGUCCCAGGACUCCUAGAAAAGUUCACUUUUAAUGAAACUCCUUCAGUGGCUUCCAGGGAUGAUGUAUUAAUAUGUAAUGAAAAGUACCCUCUUGCUUCAUCUCAGGAACCCUGGAACACCCCUAAGGACAGUCUGCAUGACUCUGCACAGAAGGGUAGUCUUUCACUCUUUGAGAGACUAAGAAGUAAGAUCUGUGAAAGAGAAGGAAAUUUCUUCAUGUCAUCUCUGCCUUUCAUGAAGGACCAUUCUGCAGAAGACAGGCUACGUUAUCCUUCCACAGGAUGUGAACUUCCACCUGUCAGGAAACAGACCACUGAGUAUUUUACUUCUUCCUCUGAUGAAGAUGAAUUUGAAUUUAAGCCUUCAUUAACAUAUAAGGUUAAAAGAUCUCUUAGAAGGAGAAGAAAACUGGAGAAGGAGACAAAACAGUUGAUUAAACAAGAGGAGCUGAAAAGACUUCACAAAGCACAGGCAAUCCAGCGCCAACUAGAAGAACUGGAGGAAAGACAGAGAGCACUGGAGGUUCUUGGUGUUCAGUUGGAGAGAGAACUCAGAGGAGAAUCCGUUUCAGGCACACAGGAUGAAACUCAGUUGCUUCAUGAAUGGUUUGAACUGGUCCUGGAGAAGAAUAAAUUAAUGCGUUACGAGUCUGAGCUCUUGAUUGUAGCCCAAGAAUUAGAAUUGGAGGACCACCAAAGCAGGUUGGAACAAAAACUGAGAAAGAAGAUGGCCACUGAUGACAGCCUUAAAAAUGAGAUGGAUCUAAAUGAGGAAGAUGAAAUUUUUAUUGAGAUGAUGAAAGUGGUUGAAGAAAGGGACAAACUCGUGUCUGCCUUAGAGGAGCAGAGAUUGAAAGAACAAGCAGAAGACCAGUGCUUUGAAAGCAUUCUAUUAUCAAGGGGCUGUCAGCUGAGUGGGAUUUAAACUGCCAUAUGCAAACAAAUGUAAUUUCAGCAAUGUUUGUAAUCAUGGAGGUACUGUCUUCUCAAAUUUAAGGUAAUUCAAAUUUGAAGUCAGUUUAUUUGAGAAAGGUCAUUCCGUUAUCAGGAGCUUUUAAACAACUUCUGUGCUCACACUGAUGUGAAUCACUUCACUGUCAGCAUCAAGAAUCACGACAAUAAAGAUGGAAUGGAUUUUCCUGUCUGAGAGACACCGCAGUCUGUGAAAGGGAAAUUGGCACUCCAGUGUUUCCUUGGAAUGUUAUUUUACUGCUGAAAAUAGAGUUAUUAAGAAAAAGGAUGAUAUCAUAUAGUAUUUUUGAGAUGGCAUUAUUUUCUAUCUGCUUGUCAGACUCUAUGUGGUUUUGCUUAUAUUUUGGCACAGCGAAGCCAUGAUGAACUAUUUAAAGGUCAAAAGCAAGCAUCUCAUAGAAAUAAGGUUAGUUCUUUUUUUUCUGGUGGAAAAGUCUUUUGACUACUAACUAUGUGUAAGCACUCAUUAAAACCAUUGUAAAAACAAUGUCAGAUAUGAAUUUCCUAGGUAUUCUUAUGUUUUAGAGCACCGUGUGUUUUUUAACAAGAUGUUAAAUAUCUCUGUUUUGUAAAAUGGUAAGAGGUCAUCAAAUGGGUAGCUCCCCUAAGAACUUACAUACUCAGAAUGGCUUUUGUAUGUCACUGAUUAAGGUCUUCUCUAAAGUAUGCUGAAUGAUAAUUUUAAAAUACUUAUCCAGAGGUGGUUCAAAGGAUAUAUCACAAGAAGUAUCAUGAGCGGUAGAGCAGUUAACAGAUCUCCCUUAGAAUAAUUCCUCAAAAGGACUGCAAAAAUUAUUGAGUUUUGCAAUAGCAAUGUUUGAUAGAUAAUGUUGUGAUUACAUUUAAAUUACAUUUAUAUUGCUGCUCCAAAAUGUAUAUAUAGAUCUUUUCCUUAAAGGAAGUGCCUGCUAUCUCUUUUUU